UGAAAGAUGACACUUCAAAAAUGCUUUAUCGGUUUUUUGUACCAAUGAGAGAAUGCGUACACGCACAUAUACGAUUAAAGUGACGAAAGAGAAAAAAAUACCUGAUUAUCUGGAGUGGGGACUGUUGUGAUAUCUAGGAUUACCAUACCUACACCCGAUACUUAUGGAAGUUUUGGUAAUUUUCGUUUUCGGAAGUUAAAGCAUACCUGACUAUUUGAGAAGCGGUUCAUGAUAGUAUAGUGUCAGCAGCCAGUAAAAUAAGCAACUGAAAAUAGAUAAGGAUGUGGUUGUGUAUUUUGUCAAAGGUUGAGAGUCAUUUGGGAACCCACAGAGUUGGUGAAGUCUUAUUAGCAAAGCAGAUUUUGUUAGACGCAACUCUUCAGAUACAAUUUACAGACAUGCUUUCAAUACGGAGUAGUCUACGAAUCCUGAAGCAGAGAUAUAAUAUCUACCGAUUUAAAUGAUUUCACGAAAUAUUUCAUUUACUGCAAAAGAAGGUUCGUAAAUCAAUUUUGACAAAAGAAAAAGAGUCAAUCAGUACUGUUUUCUAACGUUUUUUCAAACUGAUAACGAGCGAUAAUUGUAGACAUAUUACAUCAAUAGAAAGCUGGCCAACUACCGCACUCAUUAUUUUCUUUAUUCCUCUCGAAAAAUUGUUUCCUUUACAGGCUUUGUAUUUCAUUAUGAACCACAGUGAUGCUUAGGCAGUUUUUUCUGGCUUUCAUUUCCACUCUUAUAGGUAAAUUUAUUUUUUCCCACUCCUGCCUUCUUGAUAGCUCAGAAAAAUGCUUUCCUUCCUGUUUCUAGCUUUCCAACAACAUUAAAAGAAUAUGCACUACAUUUGAAACUUUCGCAAGUGGGAAAAACUGAUUCAAUUGGUUCCACACUAUUCUCAUAUGAUUCCGAUAUUAUAGAAUCAGUUAACUAUCUCCUUCUCCUAUACUGAUGUUGACCUGACAAUAAAAGAAAUCCAAAAUCAGAUUCGUGUUCAGCUUUAAACACUAACUCAAGUCUAAAGAAAAACAAUUGAUUUCAGUGCAUUGAAUUCACUGAGGCUCUGCAGUGACUCCGCCUGAUUCUGUUGAUUUUAUAACAACAGAAUCAGUUUUUUCCAACUCAAAGUUUUGUUUCUUCUUAUAUCAACAUACGAUCAGGACAUAGUACAAACAGAAGUAGAUGAAAACAAAGUCAGUUUCUCAACGUUUCUAAUCAAUGACAAUAGAUAAAAGUGAAGUAUCUGUUUUGCAUGAAUAUUUUUUCGUUAUCCAUUCGCUUACGAAAGCAAAAACACUGAUACUUCACGUAUGUGAUGCAACACAAUAGUUUUGCUGCAUCUAUUUCUACGUUCAAAGCACGGAGAAAGAAACUGAUUCCGGAAUUUCAAAAAAUCUCGUCUACUGAAGUCAGUUUCUUCCGUGCUGUGUAAAAUUCUCUGUCAAACACAGAUGGAAGAGUAGACCAAAGCUGGAAAUACUCGAAUAUCAUGUUGCGUAGACUAUAUCUUCUUUGUGACAGCCAUACAAUAUUUGACCAUAAGACGUGUCUUGCACAAUAAAAACAACUUCAUUGAAAAACUGAUUCAAUAAUUAAGCAUAUUAAAACUGUUAUUUAGCAUUUUGUAAAGUUCCAUGGAUGUUUGUUUGUUACUGUUGGAAGGAUCAGAUGAUUAAUAAAUUUCAUAAAAAUAGUUUGAAUGAAUGUGAUAAACUGUGUAAGAAUUUCAAUAAAAUAGCAUUCAUCGCACAGAACAAUAAAUAACUUUAAAAUAUUUCAUUGCAGUGAAAAUAUAAAAGAAACUAAAAUAUGCAUAAGGUCUAAGUGUGAUGAAACCGACAUAUAUUUUUAUUGUGCUUCAAUUCCUUGAGUAAAAAUCGUAAGUUUACUAUUAUUUGAUUCAAGUAGAUUUUAAUUAAUUCCCGUUAGUUUAUGUAUGAAACCGUUUGAACCAAUAUGAAAUUUUAAUUCAUCAUUCGAUAAGUAUUGAUUUAUUGUUAAUCCAUUAAACUCGAGAACUCCAUGAAAAUGUAUGAAACGAUUUAUAUUAAUUACUAUAGAAUAGUUUAUUAUUCGAAUCGUAGAGUAGGUGAUCAAUCAAUGAUGAAAUUUUUAGUUCUGUUCAAAAUUCUCUUUUUACAUUUUUACUUUUAAAGCUGAACACUAUUGUUUCCUUCAAGUGUGAGAACGAUAAAAAAGGAUCUUAGAAAAAUUUCUUCAUCAUUCAGAUUCAAGACUCAUAGAAUUCCUCCACUCUUUUCCCUUUCGGAUGUAAAAUGAAAACUAAGGAAGCGGCUCUUUAGUUUCCUUGAAACCGCACAGCAGACACUUGCAUCACUGCUACUGCAAAUUCAUGUUCGUUCUUUUGUCCAAUAGUAAUCAUGAUGUCAGAGACCUCGUGAGCGCACACUCACUCACAUGAUGUGUUGUAUACGCGUACAGAAUAGCAGCAGUCACAUGCCUGCUUUGUCAUCGUUCUUUUCGUUCUUUUUCUUUCUCUCUUUUUUUCUGCACGUCGUGGCUAUCAACGACAGCUGUCAAAAUGUAGCUAUUCGCUGAGCAAAGAGCGAGAUCCAGAAUUUUCUCUUUCUCGUUCUCUUCUUCUUCUAUCGUCGAUUGUUCGAGAGAACAAGAAUGUACGUGGGUAUAUAUUCUAUUCUAUCGCUUCUGUCGUCGUCAUCAUCACUAUUCCUUUAUAUAACAGAGUGCGUAUUCGAGAAUAACUCAUAGCUUGUUUGACUUCACUGUAGCUUUCCUACCGGAUUUUUGUUAUUACCUUAUUUUUUAUUCAAAACUCUGUUUAUGGCUGUCAACAAUAACGGUUUAAAUGCACCACCAAAACAAAUGAGCGAUUCAUGGAUUCUCGUCGAUGAUCAAGAUGAAUCCGAAUUCGUGGUGAUUGAAAAUGAACAUGAUAAACAACAGAAAGAACCGACGCCAAAAUCUUCACCUCAAUCGAAACGACCAUUAGAAUCGAACAAUAAAACAAACAUAUCUCAACCUCUCGGAAGUGCUACUAAUAAUAAACAACAUAAUAAAAAACGCAAAUGGAAGGUGCUCUAUUCAUUACCAUCUACAGGAGUUCAAGGAAAUGUUAAUGCAGCAACACUUGAUACUUAUGUUAUGGAUCAAUAUGAACAAUUAUUCGACAAGCGUGAUUUGUUUAGCUCACAACAACGUAUUAUUACAGUCAAGUGA